AUGGACAGGAUGCGGCUCUCGGCGCCCAGCAACUACUACUGGAACUUCUCCUUCGCGUACGAGCGGUUUAAGAAGGACCCGCUCGACUACAUAAUAUUCCUGCUGUUCGUCGGUCACGUGGUUGGAUUUUUCGGCUUCCUGAUAUACCUGAAGGUGCAAACGUCGCGGAAGAAGCUGUUCAUGUACCACAACUAA